AUGGGAGCAAAUAGCUCGAGAGAAACUACUGGCUCCACCGCAUCAGGUGCAGCAUCGCCUCAGAAGUACUCAGAUCUGGUUGACCUGGGUUCAUUGCUACCAUGUGGGCUGUAUCCCAACUCUCCACAGGAUUACGACUAUCGUAGCAUUCGCAAGUUAAUCAUUGACCGUCGAAUAGCUCCAUUUUACAAGGGCUUGAACGACGUUCCAGAUAUAGAAGAGGAAGCUCAGAAGCAGCAGCCACCUGUAUCGAACGGAGUUGUAGAGUCGCUCUCUGUACCAGUGGCUGUGCCGCAGGCAUCUUCAUCCACUUCGACGGCAACGACAAAGAAGAGUCCUGUGGUUGGCCGGCCCAGAAGUGCUUCUAGUAGUAGUGUAAAUAGCGCUGGUAGACCCACAGGGCAGUCUUUGGCUGUGGACACUGCCAAGGAACGCCAGCGAGCACUCAUAGAGCGCAUGAAGGCAAGAGAAAAGAUUCUAUACAACGAUGCUGUAGAAUGCCCCAUCUGUUUCUUGUACUAUCCCUCCAAUAUUAAUCAGUCAAGAUGUUGUGAUCAACCAAUUUGCACUGAAUGUUUUAUUCAAAUCAAAAGACCAUCAGAAACGCCAGCUACGCCUGCUUCAUGUCCAUUCUGCGUGGAGGAAAAUUUUGGGGUUAUCUAUAAACCUCCUCAGUGGAGCCAAGUCUUUGAGCGAAACCAUUUGUUAAAGGAUGGGGAGCCGAUGAAAGCAGUCCCAAUUCGCAACGGAGCUACACAUACGACAUCUGGUAAAGGAACUGGUACCAGUAAACCACGAAGACAAAGCGUGAGUCACAAAGAUCCUGAGGUUGUCCUUGUUG